CAGAGUUCCGGGAUGAAGCCGCCGCAGCGAAGGCGGAAGGUCCCGGCCCGCUACGUAGGUGAGACUACCGGACCUACGGCAUGGAGCCCCCGCGAGAUGCGGCAUCUACUGAGACUACUGCAAGCUCGGCGGGACCAGCCGGAGCCAGACGCCGCCGAGCUGGCCAAGGAGCUGCAAGGCCGCAGUGAGGCGGAGAUUUGCCGAUUUAUCCAGCAGCUCAAAGGUCGAGUGGUUCGCGAGGCCAUUCGGAAGGUGCACCCAGGUGGCACAGAAGGUCUAAGGCGUCAAGAAGCACAGCUCCCAGCCCCCAUAGAGGUAUGGAUGGAUCUUGCUGAGAAACUGACAGGCCCACUGGAGGGAGCCCUGACUGCAGCUUUCUCCCAGGUGCUCACCAUUGCUGCUGCAGAACCCAUCAGCCUCCUGCACUCCAAGCCGGGCAAGCCCACGAAGGCCUGUGGAAAGCCACUGCUGUUCUUGAGUACCCAAGGAGGGCAGAGGAAUCCUGGACUUGAAGCCUCUGGACCUGCCCCUAUGACUGCUGAGUCCACUCCUGAGGCCUCUGUCCCUGUCCCUAAGGCCUCUGAUCCCAACCCUGACACCUCUAACCUUGCCUCUGAGGUCACUGUCUCUGAUACCCCAACCAAGUCCCUAACUGGCCCCUCCACAGAGAGAGACUUCACUGUGGACUUCGAGAAGAUCUACAAAUAUCUGUCCUUCUCCUUCAGAAAUGGCCAUGGCCCUGAGCUCUCAGCAGCUGAGUCAGCUGUGGUCCUUGACCUGCUCAUGUCACUUCCAGAGGAGCUGUCCCACCUGCCUUGCACAGCCCUGGCUGAACAUAUGAUGAAAACAUAUGCUCAGCUGAUGGCCCCCCAAACAUCUCUGCCUGGUGAGAAGAGCCCCAAGCCUGGGAGUGACGAUAGAGGGGCUGGCUCCAAGGGGCUGGAGGAGCCUGACCAAGCCAAUCUUCAAGCCUCUGAGCCCAUACAACAGAAGCCUGCCUGGCAAGCAGUUGGGAUCUGCCCAUUGAACCCAUUCCUGGUACCCCUAGAGCUACUGGGCCAGGUGCCCACCCCUUCGAGGUGAAGAAUAUGGAAGACCAGAUAUGCUCACUUCUGCCUGGAACUUCAGUCCAACACCUGGUACUGAAAGGCCAGGAGGAUGAUUGUGGAAGUCCCUGACAUGGUGUUCAGCCACAGGCUAAGUCUUCAGAUGCUGCACACAGCAAGCAGCAGCCUCAGAAAGAGAAGUAGCUGUAAUGAGUGGAGAUAGAGAACUCUGCACACACAGGCAGAAUUCCUGGACAGACAGAUGGGGCUGGCUUCCCUAGCCCAGCUGUGCCUUGUUCUCUGCUGUGGGUACCAUAAGAGCAUCAUCUGUUUCAUGUAUAUGCCCUUCUCAAUCUGGGCUUGCAUUUAGAUUCCCUCAACUGACCACUGUACAUUUCUCCCCACCCUUUUCUGGGGUGCCCUGUAAC